AUGGGGGACGGAAGCGAACGAGACCCUAACAGAGUGUACUACAAUUCUGGUGGUUUCCACCGAUCGCGCCCGAUCCUGACAGGUGCCGACGCGAAGGAAACCUUUGAGAAGAUUCCCGUCAUUGACUUCUCAGAACUCCUAUCUCGAUCGCUCGAAGCCCGCCAGAGCCUAGCGGCAGAGGUGGGCCAUGCCGCUCGAAAUGUCGGCUUCUUUUACGCAAAGAACGCACCUGUAUCACACGCAAUCAUCGACCGCGCUUUUGAUGUGAUCGAGAAGUUCUUCGGUCAACCGGAUGAGAUCAAGCAGCUGAUCGACUGCAACAAGAGCAACGAAGCCAAAGGAUGGCAACCUCGACAGACAGUCGGUCCCAAUGGAGUCCUUCGCGAGUCGUACUCAAUGGGCAAUGACUACAGCGACCCUGAGCAACACCAUAUCAGCACUGCGCCUGAUGGGAGUAUUCCGUUGAAUCAAUGGCCCGACGACACAUUACCCGAGUUCCGCAAGGCUAUUUACGACUAUUACCUCGAAGUCUACCCUUUCGCCAAGAAGCUCAUCCAGAUCUUUGCUCUGGCCUUGGGACUCCCCGAGACAGCGUUGGACCAAUACUUCCGCACGCCCCUGGCGGAUAUCACGACGCAGUAUUACCCCGUCCAAGCCACCGACUCAGAGCCCAUGGAGCUGCUCUUUCCGCAUGCCGACUUCGGCGUCGUCACUCUCCUCCUGCAGAACGAUGUGCCUGGUCUGCAGGUCCUGAAUGCAAACGGCAUCUGGAUCCCAGCACCACCCGUCCUAUACACUUUUGUGGUAAACACGGGGAACUACGUCGAGGCGUGGACGAAUGGGCGCUGGCCCGCCACCGUGCACAGGGUGUUUGGCAAGAUCGACAAGCCUAGGUUUUCGUUGCCCUUCUUCAUGUCGCCUUCGACAGACGUGAAUGUCAAGCCACUUUGUGAGUUGUUCGAGGACGGCGAAGAGCCCAAGUACGAGGAGCGGAACGUCGGACAACGCCAGGUCAAGGGCCAAUUGGGCUAUAGGCAUACACAUCCGAUGACGCAGAGAUUGAGGAAGGCUCUGCCGCAGGAGGAGGAUUGGAGAUGGGAGAUGUUGAGCCAGCCGCAUUUGCUUCCUGUGUAA